AUGUCCGAGCCAGGACCAGAAUCAAUCCCAACAAGCGCCGACCCGCGCAGCAAGCGACCAACAAAGCGACGCGCCGUAACGCCGCAUGCAGAGCACGCAAACCAAAUCGAAACGCUCUUCAAAGACCCAAGCAAAGACCUGCAACUACCCAAUUUCUCAACAUCGCGCACAUCAGGCUCGCUACCGCCGCCACCGGAGAUCGUCGCCAAUGUACAGGGUUCGUCGGCGGGUGCGGGAUCCGGCGAGUUCCACGUGUACAAGGCCAGUCGGCGGCGAGAGUAUGAGCGGCUGCGACUGAUGCAGUCGGAGGUUGAUAAGGAGAAGGAUAAUGAGACCUGGGAGAAGGAGCGGGAGGAAGCUAAGCGCAAGGAUGAUGAGAAGACGGAGAAGAAUCGGCGGAGAAGAGAAAAGAGGAAGAAUGUUAAAGGGAAGAAGGGUGGUGCACAGAAGGAUGCUGCUCCCACUGUGACCGGGUUAGCCGCUCCGGAUAUGGAUACCAGUGCUGAUGGGGUGAAGGGCGCAGAGGGUGCUGUGUCGCAGGAAGUCCCCGGUGUUAUUAUUCAUGAUGAUGACUAG